CACCACCAAAGGAAGAAGCUUCAGUCUGCUAGCAAACAACAGAGAGGCACAGCAGGAGCGGUGGAAACACCGACAUCAAACUUGAUACCACUGCUUUCAUGACUUAUUUCCUGAAUUAGUGGGUUUAAUUAUUAAUCUCGGUGUUCGUCGAGCUGCCUAGUCUUAUAAGCGGAAACCCCUCCAGAAUAGGAGUUUUUCCUGUUAGCCGGAGAGCUAAAGUUGAAGAGAGCAGCUGGUUGGUCUCAGUUAGCAUCGAUGAGGAAGACCAACCCCGGCGGCUUCAAUGCUGUAAACAAGAGUCUCCAGCUGCUCCUGAGUUAGCCAUCUGGCCUCCAGGUUAGAAAGACUUGUGCAGAAUGACAGGUAAGUGCUCUGGGUGGACUUAUGAAGCUGUCAUACUUUAUUCCCACCUCGUUCUUUUACAGUAAAGGGAUGGUAAAAGGCGUAAUACACCUCGUUUUUCUGUUUUUCAGAAGAUGCAGUCUUACUAAAUGUACCUGUCAUUCAGCAACUGUAUCACUGGGACUGUGGGUUAGCCUGCUCUAGGAUGGUCCUGAAGUAAGUACACAAGAAAGUAGAAGUCUAUUUUGGUUUGUGUGUCUGUGAACUGCUUCAUAGCCUAUAGGGUAGAGUGGGGUAAGUUAAGCCAAAGAAAUUGAUCAUGUGACCAAAUAUUUAGGAGAUGGGCAUCAGUUCAUGGAGUCUGUGAAGGUUAGAAGCACAUGAGUGAGGGGGUUAGACAUUUAUUUACAAAAAAAAGGGAACAUUUUUCUCUCAAACAUCUGCCUUGAUGUAUUGAUCCAAAAUAUGAAAAAUGGCUCAUCUUACCCCACUCUCCCCUAUAUAGAGAAAACCCAGAAUAACUGUCCUUAAAUGUCCACUUUCUCAGGUACCUCCACCCUGUCAGUGAUGAAGAGUUUCAGAGAGCCUGCUGGGACCUGAAACUGACAGAGAGUGUGUGGACUAUAGACCUGGCCUACCUCAUGUGCCAUCUAGGGAUCAAACACUGCUUUUGUACCCAGACUCUGGGUGUUGAUAAAGGCUUCAGGAACCAGGUACUUUUCUUUUGUAUGCUAAUAAGUACUAUUCUGCUCUGAUUGGGAGUUAUCUAAGCCUCUGUUCAUGUCUCUGGCUUUGGUUUUCAGUCUUUCUACAAGAAACAUUUUGACACUGAAGAAGACAGAGUAAAUGAGCUUUUCCUGAAAGCAGAAAGCAAAGGUGUGGUCGUCAAGAAAUGGUAAGGUUUCUGUUAUUUAUCACUUCCUGAACAAGCUUACUGUGUUUACCUCAGAGCAAACACACUAAACACUUACGUAUUUGUUGGUGUCUUUUCGCAGCUCUGUGACAGUCCAGGAAAUCCAGUCUCAUCUGGACCAAGGCCACGUCGCUAUAGUGCUGGUCAACGCUGUGGUCUUGACAUGCGAACUCUGCUCCUCUCCUGUCAAAUACUGCUGCUUCUUACCCGUGGGCCAGAAGUGUUUCUGCAGAAAGCCUGAGUACCAGGGUCACUUUGUGGUAGUGUGCGGCUUUAGCAGGACUACUGGUUGUAUUUUCUACAACAAUCCUGCAUAUUCUGACCGUGAGUACUUAGAAACUUACUACAUGUUUACAAAAGUACAAGGACAAUAAGAAAGUUUCAGUUUAAACCAGAAUUUACAGAUUAAAUGUCCCAAUUCUUCAAAUAUGUGUUAGCCAUUUCAUUCAGAAGAGGAAGUCUUUCUACUAUGUUGUAAAAAAAAAAAGGAUCUAAACUCCAUCGCUGCUUACAUUUUAUGACAGGCUGCAGAUACGUGUCAGCCUUCUCAUAAAUCAUAAAUGCUCAUAAAUCAUUAUGAUACAGGCUUGUAGGAUACAAACUGAGUGGAAUGAUUGCCCAGAAUUCUGCAGCUCAAUAUGUGGCUGAUAAGACAAUCUAAAGUUUGCGAGCAUAAUCCUACACUUUGUUGCACUUUGAUCUGAUUUAAUGAUUGAGUUAAAUUGAGUCCCCAUCAUGGGAAGGGACAGAGUAAAUAAUCAUAAAUGAAACUGUAAUUCUCUUUGUAGUCCAGCUCUCAACUGAUAGGAUAGAGAUGAUUUUUGCAGGUAUAUACUGGUGGCAGCAAUAGAUGAGCAGAAAAAGAUAAAAAACCUAUCAACAAACUCGUCUUUGUCAUCUUCAGUAUUCAGGCUUUUUUAUUUAAAAGGGAUAUUCCGGCGCAAAAUUGAUUCAGGAUCAAAAACACUGUAACACAGAGUUAGACACCCCAGCGAGAGAUGAAUGUUGACGACUGCUAGCUUCUCUAGUUAUACCAACUUUAGUAACGACCGCAGGAUAGCCUGGCCUGAGGUCUCGCUACAAACAAGCGGCUGCUGGAAGAGAGUAGGUGAGUUGUGUUUAGUCUCUUUGCUAAAGAAAUUAGGCAAAGUUAAAAAGAUGUUUGGCAGCUAGAACUAUGGCUGGGACCCUGUAUGUACUGUUGAUGAAGUUAGGUGCUGUUCUUAGCAUUAUUUGUGGCUAUAGAGUGGCGUUUUGGUUGAGGGCGUGGCUCUCUGUGUUGCUGUUUGUGGUCAUUACUCAAGUUGGUAUAACUAGAGACACAAGCGGUCGGCAACAUUCUUCUCUCUAGGGGGUGUCUAACUCUGUGUUACGGUGUGUUUGACCUAAAAUUAAUUUUAUGUCGGAAUAUCCCUUUAAUUCUGAGCAUAAAAUUAAACCAAAACUGUUCAAUAUUUCACUCAAAAACUCCAGAAAUGGGGACAUGGCUGACAGAUGUGAAUGUGUCUUUGUGUUGUGGACUUUUCAGGAGUCUGCUGCACCAGCAUCGGCAACUUCGAGGAGGCUCGUCGGAGCUACGGGACAGAUGAGGACGUCCUGUUUGUCUUCAAGGAGAGUUGAUUAAAAGGGAGGUUGGACUUGGAUAUCACUUCUCAGAUCAUCAUUUUAGCGCUACGAUGCUGCCGGUCCACGGUAAUGGAUCAGUGACUCUCCCAUAGUCGGUUGUCGCCUGGGCCAUCCUCUCUGGUGCUAAUAGGCCCUCCCCCCUUAAUUAAGAGACACAUUGCUGCAGCAUCACUGCUCGUAAACAGUCAAUACUCCUCUACUCCAGAAGAAUUGACAGCAGGGAGGUCCAGUAAUCUCAGCUGAUAUUUUUUAUUUCUCUCUUGAGGUGGACAAAUAGCAAAUGUAACUUUUUAGGGUUGCUGAUGAAUUUUAAUUUCUGUUAUGGCUCAUAUAUCGGAGCCAUUGAAAUCUCAAACUAAGAAUGGAUGAAAUGUGGGAAUCAUGACUCAAAAUAGAUUGACUGAGGAAUAGUGUACACAGAAAUCAAGAUCAGAGACGGAAAAACUUUACUUGUGCUGUGUUUUUGGAGUCCCAAGAGGCUCAUCAUCCACCUGCCUCACCUUCACAUGCCUUUAAAAACACUCUUCGCUCACCUUUCUGUCCCUUUUUUUCCUGACUAUCCAGAGACAGGGAAUACAAAGAGUUGUCUUUUGAGAGUCUCAGGUAAUUUAUGCCCAAAAGUGUGACAUGUACAUCAAAUGACAAAACUAGUUCAAUGCAAUAGUCCGUCGUCUGCCUGUGGAGGGCAGAAGAAAGGACGCUGGAUGAGAAUCUUAAAACGUGACUUAAGAGGUUUUUAUUUACUGCACUGAAUAAAGGGCAGCCUCCCAUCCUUUGCUCUGUUGUCGUGGCAACAUGCAGCAUAGAUAAAUUGAGUGCUUUGUUAGUUUUGAUCAUAUUGCAGAAAAAAAAAGGAAUAAUUUUGACUUAAUCAUGCUCUCAGUUCAAAGUGGUAAAAAAACAGGUAAAUAACUCAGUGUCCCUCACUUUUAUAUUAUUUUUUUUUAAUUAUGGUAUUAUGUAUCUGUUUUUGCACUACAUUUUCAAACCAGACAGAAUUGUAUACUAUUUAAAUUUAACAUUUUACCAUGAAAUGACUUCCUUGAAUAUACUACGUGAUUUCGUACUGGUUGUGCUUUUGGAAGAUAGCAAACAGCACAUAUUGAACCGCAAACUUUAUUUUUUAUUCAGCAUAGAGCUCCAUUUAUGAGAUGUUCUGAUUAAAGAAUUUGAACAUUUGCUCCAUCCUUGUCGUUUUUGUGUGAUACAGAAUUAUUCAAUGAGGUUGUGAUUCUGUUAUCUCAUAUUUAUUUCUUUGAGGAUCUACUCCUUGACUAUCUUAGGUUUGAAGUCAGGUCUAACUGCUUUGGUAAGCUCCUCUGCGUACUCAGCAUACCGACCAGUCAUCUGCAAACAAAGGAAAAGACAAUUACAACCUUCAGGAGAACCGACUGACCCCGUCUGUCUACCGCAAAUCUCUCCAACAUAUCAAUCACUGCAGGACCAAACAUGUAAC